AUGGCAAACCGCAGUGACGAGAAGGAGCUCGAAAUCAACUACCUGGAACAAACAGACACUGCUGGAGAUGCAGAAUCUGACAAGAUCAACGAUGCACGCAUUGCCGCAUUUACACCAGAGGAGCAAAGGAAGAUCAUCCGCAGAAUCGACCGUCGCUUGGUCUUGACUCUCGGCUUUCUUUACUGUGUCAGUUUGAUGGACCGAACCAACACUGGUAUCGCCGUCGUAGCAGGCAUGGGUGUCGACCUUCUUCUCAUCAAGGACCGUUACUCAAUCAUCGUCCUCGUUUUCUUCAUUCCUUACAUCUUCUUCCAACCUCCGGCAACCGUCAUUCUUCGUAAAGUCGGUCCUCGUGCUUUCUUGCCCACGAUUACUCUGCUUUGGGGCAUUGUCAUGAUUGGCAUGGCUUUCGUCAAAAACUGGACGCAGUUGAUCCCUAUGAGAAUCCUUCUGGGUAUUUUCGAAGCUGGCUUCUUCCCUGGCUGUGCAUACCUUUUGUCGACAUGGUACCCCAGAUACAUGCUCCAGAAGCGUAACGCUGUCUUCUACUUGAUUGGCUCUCUUUCCUCUGCCUUCUCUGGUAUUCUCGCCUACGGCUUCAGCCAGAUGGCCGGACUGGGUGUUGGCGAUGGACUUGGUGCUCACUACGGACCCACCAAGGCCAAUCCUACUGCACCAAAGGGUAUCGCUCCUGGUCUCGCAGGCUGGCGCUGGAUCUUCAUCAUGCAAGGCCUCAUCACCUGUGUCCUCGCCAUCGGUGCAUACUUCACCAUUGUCAACUUCCCCGAAAAGGCAGCACACGUCAGCUUCGGUCCCAAGUUCCUGAACCAGAAGGAAGUCGACUUUGUUGUCGCAACCAUCGAAAAGGAUCGUCAUGAUGCUACCCUCGAGGAGUUCAAGAUUGGCCAAUAUCUCAAGUCUGCCGCUGACCUCAAGGUAUGGGCCUUUGCAGCCCUGUUCGGCCUCUCUACAACGGUCUCUUACGCUAUCGCCUAUUUCCUCCCUAUAAUCCUUGAGGUAGGCAUGGGUUUCAACAAGAGAGACGCGCAGUGCUUGAUUGCACCUCCUUACGUGCUCGCGGCAAUCGUGACAUUCUUGUUCGCCUAUUUCGCCGACAAGCACCGCAUUCGCUCUCCGUUCAUCAUCGCCAACGCCUGCCUCAUGUUGAUUGGCCUUGGCUGCCUUGGCUUUACAAAGGCUGUUGGUGCUCGCUACUUUGGUGUUUUCCUCGCCACCGCCGGCUGCAACGCCAACGUCCCUGCCGUUCUCACCUGGCAAGCCAACAACAUCCGUGGACAGUGGAAGCGCGCACUCACCUCUGCUACCCUCGUCGGCGCUGGAGGUAUUGGUGGCAUUAUUGGUUCGACUGUGUUCCGCAAACAAGACCAACCUGGCUACCGUCCUGGUAUCUACGCCUGUCUCAUCGCCAGUGGACUGAUCAUCGUCAUCUCCUUGCUGUUGGACCUCAAGUUCUACCGCGCAAACAAGAGAGCAGCUGCUGGUGGCAAGGUCAUCGAGGGCCUUCACGGUUUCAGAUACACUUUGUAA